UAACAUUUGCUUUGUCAACUUUAUAAAAUGGUGAUGCAAUAGCAAUAUUGUUUAGAGGACAACAAAAUAAUGUUCUUUUCUGUGCUUUUGUGUUUAUGAGUAUGUGUAAAUGUGUAUAAAUGUGAGUGUGUGUAUAUAGCGAAUACAUGUUUGUAUAUAGUGGACGCUUCUCGCGUUUGGGGCGUGGUUACGUAAAACAUUUCCGACCAAUUGCCCCCCAUCUACGGUGCUAUGAACCGACGACGCCCGAGCGACGCCGACGUCGGUGAGAUAGAAAAAGUCCUGAUGGCUAGUGCAUGUGCUCGAAGUGCAGUCAAAACACGUUCGGUCGUCGCAUGAGCAGGUCGUACCAGCACAGUUCUUCAGUUUGCGCGGUACACCCAACUCUGAAAGAUUUUUGUAUACCCCCGUUUGCAUUCUGAAGUGAACGUACCCGAUCCGAAGAAGUUCUUCUCAGUUAGUUUAGAUCCGUGUGGAAGACAGACAUUAGCUAAAACCGGGCGGUGGGACGAGUUGUAUAUUAUUUGUAUUAUUUUGUUUCCUCCACCAUGGCUAUACCAUUUGAUGUGCUGAACGACGAAGAAGGUGACCCAGCGUUGAACGAACUUCUCUCCCAACUGUGCGAUGCAAUUAUUUGUUUACGACGAGUGCAUUCACACAUCCAAUUCGCUUCAAGAGGGUCAUCGUUGAAUCCUCAGCGGAUCCGCGAGGCUUUUGGACCUCAUCCCAACGUCCUAGAGCGUCUCAGUCGCAAUCUACUCCCGUUACCCGAUGUCGUCGGAGAGAGGACAGAUGUAUCUCUGCAGACCAUCGAAGCAUCGGCGAUUCCUGGUCGGAGGCAGAGAACAACCUCGGAGUCCUCCUGCUGCAAGGUACCCAAGAUCGCCAACAUGCAAACCCCCAUCGACCAGCCGCAAGAUUAUUCAGAGGACGACGAUCCUUCUUCGCAGCGGCCGAAGACAAGAACCGCCUGCGACGGCGACGGCCUCCUGUCCACUCUCGUCCCGUCGCCCAUCAAAACAUCCAUCUGGACGGCGGUCAUCUGCGCCGUGGGCUGGUACAUGUUCCGUGCACGGUAACUUUGCAAGGCCCUUUCCCGACCGUCAACCACUCACCCAAAGCUUCAGUGAUUUCAACGGAAGUGAUUCUAUAAUAUAUUAUCUAUAAUAGUUUAUAUUCGUAAUUAGUAACGUAAAGAUUCCCGCCAUCCCCAAAAGAAUAUACAAAUAUAUAUAUACAUUCAUAUA